CACUCUUUCAUUUCCAAGUUAAAAAUCCAUGACACAUAUAGAAUCUUGGAAAAAUCACUUGGAGUUUCACUUGGAGGAUUAAGUUACGAGGAACGCGCAUGAUGGACAAAAAGUUUUAAAAGUUUUUGCGAGGACCUUUGUCUUGAGGAUUGGAGUUUGCUGGAAAGUGGAUGUUCUCUGAACCCCUCUGAAGUUUGGAGGGAUGGAGCACAGUGCUGCAUGACUCGCUGUUUUUGGUCCGAAUUUUCAAGCCUUUGUAGCCUCGGAAUUCUGUAACGUACUGAACAGGUGACACUGUGACAUGGAUCCAUGAAUGAUAAGCAAAAGUUUUCAUUCAAUUUUUCUCUGGAAGUACUUCAACAAGCACUGGACUGCCUGAUGUUGUUUCUCUAAACGACUGUGGCUGACCUUCUCCACUCACAAAGAGCGGACAUGCAUACAUAGCACAGAGUAAAUGCAUCCCCUGGGAAAAGUGACAGUUGAAAAAAGUGAGUGCGACUGAUACACAGACUUCAAUCUCAGGAGAGACCACGCUGUAAACAGACGGCUAAAUACACAGGACCCUAUCAUUUCAUAUCAGCCAUCAUGGAACUGCAUAGAUGCCUGUUGUGUCUGGAAUUCAUCCUUCUGCUUAAAAAUCUCUGUCAGGGCUUUAAUAUUGAUGUAAAGCAUCCACGCAUCUUCACUGGUCCAGAGAACGCCUUGUUUGGCUUUUCAGUUUUGCAGCAUGAAUCGGCUGAUGGGAAAACGAUGCUGGUUGGUGCUCCCUGGGAUGGACCACAGAACAACAGAAAAGGGGAUGUGUACAAGUGCAAAGUGGGACAGGAGAGGGACUCAAACUGCAGCAAAGUAAAUCUAGGUGAGAAAGCGCUCCAGAAUGUAACUAAAAACUUGAAGAACUCUCACCUGGGAAUGACGUUAACUCCAGACUCUCCUGAUGGUUUCCUGGCCUGUGCUCCGCUGUGGUCUCAGGAGUGCGGCACAUCUAUGUUCAGCACUGGCAUCUGUGCCUCUGUGAGCGAUGACCUCGAGCCAAGAGAGACCAUCGCUCCAACAGCGCAAAGAUGCUCGACGUACAUGGAUAUUGUGAUCGUGCUGGAUGGCUCUAAUAGCAUCUACCCCUGGUUUGAGGUCCAGAACUUCCUAAGCAACAUCCUCAGCAAGUUCCACAUCAGUUCAGACCAGAUGCAGGUUGGAAUACUGCAGUAUGGCGAGGUUGCAGUCCAUGAGUGGUCGCUUAAAGAUUACCAGACCACACGGGAGGUGGUGGAGGCCGCCAAAAACAUCAGCCGGCAGGAAGGACGAGAAACACGCACAGCCGAAGCCAUCAAAACUGCCUGCACAGAGGCGUUCAGUUCUGAGCGUGGCGCGAGGGAUGGAGCUACCAAGGUUAUGAUUGUAGUCACGGACGGAGAGUCACAUGAUGGGGAGGAACUGCCUGAUGCCCUGGAGGAGUGCGAGAACAGGAAUAUCACCAGAUACGCCAUCGCUGUGCUUGGUCACUACAUUCGACGGCAGCAUGAUCCGGAAACCUUCAUCAAUGAGAUUAAAUAUAUUGCAAGCGACCCUGACGACAAAUACUUCUUCAAUGUGACGGACGAAGCUGCUCUCAACGACAUCGUGGACGCAUUGGGAGAUCGGAUCUUCACCUUGGAAGGCACACUGGGCUACAACCAAAGUUCCUUCCACAUGGAGAUGUCUCAGAUCGGCUUCUCCACGCACACACUGGACGAUGGCAUUUUGUUUGGGAUGGUCGGUGCCUACGACUGGGACGGCGGGGUCUUGAAGGAGGGCUUCAAUGGAAGAAUCAUGCCUGCCAGAGAGGCUUUCGAGAGCGAGUUUCCACUGGAGCUGAAAAACCAUGCUGCUUAUCUAGGAUACACAGUGUCAUCGGUGAUUGUGGGAGACUGGCGGAGGUUGUACAUUGCUGGGGCGCCUCGAUUCAAACACAAAGGCAAAGUUAUCUUGUUUGAACUCAGUGACGAUGGCGAUGUCAAAAUCGUUCAAGCUCUGAAUGGAGAACAGAUCGGCUCCUACUAUGGGAGUGAGGUGUGCGGCCUGGACGUGGACCAGGACGGCAUCACCGACGUGCUCCUGGUGGCUGCUCCCAUGUUUCUUGGAUCAGGGAAUAAAGAGGCCGGUCGUGUGUACAUCUACACCCUCAGUGCGGAGGAGGUGUUUGUGUCCAAUGGUACCCUGAAGUCUGAGGAUAAAUCUCAGGAUGCCAGAUUUGGCUAUGCGAUGGCAGCCGCUCCUGACCUCAACCAUGACGGCUUCACAGACCUGCUGGUGGGGGCACCACUGGAGGACGAGCACCGGGGGGCCGUUUACGUCUACCAUGGCUACAGCAUCUACAUCAUCCAUGACUACAAACAGCGUAUUUCAGGGUCAUCAAUUUCCCCGACGCUGCAGUAUUUUGGCCGCAGUGUGAGUGCACGCCUGGACUUGGAUGGAGACGAGCUAAUAGACUUGGCAGUGGGAGCACACGGCAGCGCUGUGCUGCUCAGCUCCCGAAGCAUCGUCCAGAUCAAUGUGAGCCUGUCCUUCCAGCCACACUCCAUCAAUGUCAUUCAAAAGACCUGCCUGAGGGGGGGCAGGGAGUCAGCUUGUCUGAACGCCACCACCUGCUUCACUGCCGUUUCUCGCUCUCCCCGACCUCAGAGCAACAGCUUUGAUCUGUGGGUGUCAGCCAUGCUGGAUGACAGGAAGCUGUCAGCUCGGGCUCUUUUUGACGACAGCUCCCACCGACAGACUCAGCUACCUCUGCGAGUUCGAACAGGCGAAACACUGUGCUACAAACUGCCCUUCCAUGUCUAUGACACAGCAGAUUACAUCCGUCCAAUCAGCUUCGCGCUCAAGUUUAAGAUCAACGAGACACAGAGUGGUCCAGUCCUCGACGAGGGCUGGCCCAAUACACUCAAAAAAUAUAUACCAUUUUUCAGGGACUGUGGGGAGGACGAUGUGUGCACCACCGACCUGGUGCUUCAGGCCCGCCUGGACAUCUCUGGGACAAGACAGAAGCCUUACGUGAUUCGCAGUCCUCGUAGGCGUCUUUCAGUGGAGGUGCAGCUUCAAAACAGACUGGAAAACGCCUACAACACCAGCCUGACGAUGCAUUACUCACGAAAUCUACAUUUCUCCAGUCUAAGCAUUCGGGAGGACGCCCACUUUAAAAUCGAGUGCACGGCACUCGGAGCUAAUAGCCACUCAUGCAACGUCAGCUAUCCAGUGUUUCGUUCCCAGUCAAAGGUGAACUUCAUGUUGGAGUUUGAGUUCAGCUGCACAUCUCUGUCUAGUCGGGUUCAAAUUAAGCUCAGAGCUGCCAGUGACAGUGUGGAGAGAGAAGAGACUCUGGAAGAUAACAGCGCUCAGCUCCAGACCUUUGUUCAGUACGAGCCUGAUCUGUUUGUCAGCAGUGACUCUAAUCUAAAUCGAUAUGAAGUCCACCCCACUCGCUCAAUGUCAGAAGCAAUUGGCCCGGAGUUCUACACUAACCUCAGGCUUCAAAAUCUUGGCUGUUACUCUGUGAGUAACCUGGAGUUAAAGAUUCUUCUGCCCUCGGUGGCAGCUGGAGACCGAGUCUUCAUGAACGUCGCUGAGAUCUUUUCCUACAAUGCUACAGGAGUCAACUGCAGUGUGAUGAGCGAUCUGGCCCAGCUCAAGGACAGGCAGAGAGACGUGUGGCCCUUCCACCCGGAUGACAUGAUGCAGCAUGACACCCUGAAUUGCAGCAGAUCCUGGUGCGAAGAAGUUGUGUGUCAAGUGAAGCAGCUACUGCGAGGUCAGACGGCAGUCAUCCGCCUCAGUCGAAGAGUUCAUGAUGACUUUUUCAGAAAAGCCAAAUAUAAGUCAGCGAGGAUCGUCGGCACCUACCGUCUGGCAGCUCAGGAGACUAACCUUAUCACCUUGGGAACAGAAACAGCCUGGAGAGAGACUGUCCUGGAGAUUCUGAAAGGAAGAGCCAUCCCCAUCUCACUGUGGAUCCUUAUUGGCAGCAUCAUCGGAGGCUUGCUGCUGCUUGCACUCAUAAUCUUCAUACUCUGGAAGCUCGGAUUCUUUGCACGUAGACAGAGAGGAGAGGACGAGAACCAUGAGAACUAAGGCCGACCUCAUGUUGAAAACACAGGCACAGCGUCCUGGGACUGUCUGCGCCAAAAAAGCAUCACAAGGGUCCAACAGAAAUGCACUUCCCACCAUCUCAAAGGUUCCGGAGCACUUUUGUAAAUAGUAUUUUUAUUUUAUUUUAUGGGAAUGGAUCCAAAACUCUUCUAUUUAAUACAUCAACGUCUUCGAGCUUAUCCAGGCUGCUGGACUUGCCUCUCUUAGCAUCUAUUGUCUGACGAUUAACUCAUGCAAGUGAAACCAUUUCAAGACCCGUACCAUAGCCCCGCGGACAUACAGAGGAGCCUAAAGUCUUUCAAGUUAAAAGUUCCAUCCAUUACAUUCUAUG